GCUUUCUUCCGCACAUUUUCGACAUUCCCCGCAUACGCCGUACCCGCCGCUGGUACCAAAGAUCUUUCCCUUCGCUCGACUCAUCGAUACACCUCGCGUUUCCGUCGUCGCUGCCGGAGCCAAAGUCGUAGUCCAACCAGUCGCGGAGCACCAGGCACCCUCGCGCAAGCAAUCAACGCACAGGAUCCCCUCGCCACACGCUGACAGACACGAUGCUGAAAUAUGAGGAGGUUGCGAAACACAACACCCGGGAUAGCUGCUGGGUCAUCGUUCAUGGUGAAGCCUACGACGUCACGGAAUUUCUGCCCGACCACCCUGGCGGAAGUAAGAUCAUCUUGAAAUACGCCGGCAAAGACGCAACUGAAGAAUACGACCCGAUACAUCCCCCUGGAACGCUCGAACAGAACCUUCCAAAGGAAAGAUGCCUAGGCAAGGUGGAUCCGGACACGCUCAAGGAUGGCGCCGCACAGCUACAGCGUGACAAGAAGGAGGUCGGACCUUCUAUAAAAGAGGAUAAGAUCCCCCCAAUGGAGCUCUGCCUCAACCUGUACGACUUUGAAGUGGUUGCCAAGCGUGUGCUGAAGCCUACCGCCUGGGCAUACUACUCUUCCGGUGCAGACGACGAGGUGACCAUGCGCGAGAACAGUGGCGCAUUCGGCCGGAUCUGGUUCCGUCCGCGCAUCCUGCGAGACGUGAGCAAGAUCGACUUUAGCACCAGCAUCCUCGGCCACAAGUGCAGUAUGCCCCUCUACAUCACCGCCACCGCCCUCGGCAAGCUCGGCCACCCGGACGGCGAGAAGAAUCUGACCAUUGCCGCAGGAAAGGAGAAGAUCAUCCAAAUGAUUCCCACGCUCGCCAGCUGUUCAUUCGACGAGCUGGUCGAUGCACGCAUCGACGAGAACCAGGUCCAGUUUUUCCAGCUGUACGUCAACUCGAACCGCGCUAUCACGGAGAAGAUCGUGCGCAAGGCCGAGGAGCGCGGCGUCAAGGCACUCUUCAUCACCGUUGACGCGCCGCAGCUCGGACGCAGGGAGAAAGAUAUGCGCAUGAAGUUCGAUGAUGUCGGCUCACGCGUGCAGAAUGAUAACAAGGACAAUGUCGACCGGAGCCAGGGCGCUGCGCGCGCUAUCUCGAGCUUCAUUGACCCGAGCUUGUCGUGGGACGACCUGAACUGGUUCCGGAGCAUCACACGCAUGCCCAUCAUUCUCAAGGGCGUCCAGACGUGGGAGGACGCAGUGAUGGCUGCUGAGCUCGGUCUCAACGGCAUCGUCCUGUCCAAUCACGGCGGGCGGCAGCUCGACUACGCGCGCAGCGGGAUCGAAGUGCUCGGCGAGGUCGUGCCAAAGCUGCGCGAGCGUGGCCUCUUCCCCAACCCCAUGUUCCAGAUCUUUGUUGACGGAGGCUUCCGGCGCGCAACGGACAUUCUCAAGGCUGUCGCCAUGGGGGCCACUGCCGUCGGCAUCGGUCGGCCGUUCCUGUACGCGUACUCUUCGUACGGUUGGCAGGGCGUGCAGCACGCUAUUCAGCUGCUCAAGGCGGAGAUGGAAAUGAACAUGCGCCUCCUCGGUGCGCCGACGCUCAAGGACGUUGUUCCAGAGAUGGUCGACACGCGCGCGCUCUACACGCAUACCAACACCGUACCGGAAAGCUCCGGCUCGCAGGUGUAUGAAAAGAUGAGCACCGCCAUCGGUAAAGCGGGUGAUGCGGCUACGAUCGCCGACAUUGCUGAUAAGAUGAGCAAGCUAUAAGUUGUCGCCACUUGUGCCUGCCUGUCUUCCUUGCAUGCACCCACCUUUUGUAUGGCUUAAUACUGAAAACCUGUAGAUCGGCCCAUAUCAACUCAGGCAGCUUUGUAACUUCAUUUGCUAUGUAUCUAGCAGACCAACCGCUCUCCGUCGAACCAGCCCCUGCCAGCCCAUUCGUUUCGAUAUUGGAAAUAUUGGGCCUGUCAAACAAGAUUGUUCUUGGAGUAAUCUAUAUGCAUUGACUAAAAAUGAC